AUGAUUGUGGACUUCAGGAAGAGCACUGUCCCCCCGCCCCCACCCUCCGUGAUGGACUCCCCCAUCACCUCUGUGGAGUCCUUCCGUUUCCUGGGCACCACCAUCACCCAGGACCUCAAGUGGGAGCCGACCAUCAGCUCCCUCAUCAAGAAGGCCCAGCAGAGGAUGUACUUCCUGCGGCAGCUCAGGAAAGCCAAGCUGCCUGCACAGAUGUUGGUGCAGUUCUACACGGCCAUCAUCGAGUCCAUCCUCACCUCCUCCAUCACCGUGUGGUUCGCUGGAGCCACAGUCAGGGACAAACAGAGACUACAGCGCAUUGUGCGCUCUGCAGAGGAAGUGAUCGGCCGCAGCCUUCCAUCGCUGCAGGACCUCCACGGCCCCUGUCUACCCUCCCCUCUCCCCGCCCACUCCCGUCCAAACACCGCUCUGACCGAAGAGAGUCCAUCAAUCUGGGUUUGUCCGCGACACGACGCGUCACUGGAGUCAAGGAUGGCAAUAACCGGGAUGAGCUGCUGCUGCUGCUGA